AAUGCACGAGUAUUGCCGACUCAGACCGCCUUGUUAACCGCGUCCCACCCGACUCCAGUCCUCGCCUCCGCGCGGCCAUUGUUGAUUCCGGAGGGCUCCACCAACUUCCUGAGACCAAACAUCAAGAUCGUUGUCUGUCACCCUCACCCGCGAAACCCAAGAACCUGGGCCGAACCUGGGUCUUUUUUCAUCUACCAUACAUUGUACACAAAAUGUCAUCUCGAUUGUUCUCAGCUGGCGCCCAUGUGUUGGGUCGCACGUCGCCGUUAGCUCGCAGCUUCCAGACGACCACACGGCGAUUCGAUGCUGUCUCGAAUGCGACACUGCCCGCUCGCAAGCCCGUCGGUGCCUUCAGGGGAGGCCUCUUCGGUUUCCUUUUUGGCACAACUCUUGCCGGCUCCGGAGUAUACUACUACGUGCUCCAGGAGUACAAGGCGGCAAAUGACCUGCUGACAGAAGAUAUCUACAACCUGCAAGCCUCUGUGCAACGGUUGAGCAACUACUUGACGACUUUAGAGGAUCGGAUAGAGGCUACGGAACGGAGGAGGAAAUAGACGGCGUUUUUGGGAAUCACAGCACGACUUUCACGGGUCGGGAUUCUAGUUCUUUUAUGUUGGGUUCAGAAACGGAGGGUUAUUGUAGCAUACAAAGGCUGCUGGAGAUAAUAAGUUCGAUCUCACACCUGCUAUCUGCACUCUCGGGUCCAGGAGGGCGCGGUAUUCAUAUCUCGAAUUGGUGAUAGAGACGAAUUACAGGCAAUUUCUCUCUGCCAAUGGCGCCCAGCGGCCGAUGUGCUAAAUAUUUCUAGUUGGAAGCGGACUGUUUCAAGCAGUUACGGCUCCGCAGAACACUACGAAAGGACUAGAAGAACGUAGUUGUGGAGGACUGAACUCAAAGCCAUUGGACUAACUUGUCGUGGUCGAUACUACUUGGCGUUCAUGCACGCCGAACACAGCCGGAUCAAACGGUCAGAGGUGAUUAAGUCAGCUGACUUCGUGAAGCGACAGUCAAGUUUGCCCCACCACAGUGGCGUUGUCAUAUCGCGCCUUUCACGGGAGAUUCCUCAGCUAUUCGUG